AAAUUUUCAUAGUUUAGUUACGAUUUCGAAAACGACCCGACGCGUCCCGCCGCCGGCGACAAUCCGCCCGAUUUCUCUAACGAAUCCAGUUUCGCAUAACCUUCGUCAAGUUCUCGAUUUUCAGCGAGCAGUUCUUGUGAUUGUGAUUGACUCAGUGCACCGUGUUACCAUUGGAUUUUAUUUGUGUUUUCAUUUAAUUGGGCUACCCACCACUUCGUCCCCCACAGCAUGAUACAAAGCUAGCACCAUGGGGGUGACCGACGACUUGGCCCCAAGCUUUACCCAGAAGCCGCAGCUUCGCCAGGAGGAUGAUGGGAACAAACUCAUCUUCGAGUGCCAGCUGCUGGCCUCUCCGAAACCGGAGAUAUGCUGGUACAGAAGCGACGAACUCCUCAAAGAGGACACUAGGACUAAGUUUAAGAUCCAGAGCAUCGCCAACAACAAGUUCCUGGUGGUGCUCGAGUUGGACGACGUGAUCGAGAGCGACGCGGGGCUCUACAAAGUUAAGGCCAAGAACAAGAUGGGCGAGGUGGCCGCCUCCAUCAACCUUAACUUCAGCCCCGCUGACGAGGAAAAACAGAAGCAAGUGGACGGGAAAGCGCCUACGUUCGCGAAAAAGCCGGCCAUCAGGCAGGAAGACGAUGGCAAGCGGCUCAUAUUCGAGUGCCGCAUCGAAGCCGAGCCGGUGCCCAGUGUGGCGUGGUUCCACAACACUAGCGAGGUCAAACCCGGAGCCAGGCAUAAGUUGACAGUAAGCAAAGAGGGGAAGUCUUAUUAUGCCUCGCUCGAAAUCAGCAACGUGACAGUGGAAGACGCUGGCAAGUACCGCGUGACGGCCAAGAACGAACUUGGCGAGAGCAACGCCACGAUCAGCUUAAACUUCGACAGCGACGAAGCGCCCGUGCCUGAGGACUUUAUCAAACCGACAUUCACGGAGAGACCCGUCAUCAGGCAAUCGGAAGAUGGUACCAAAAUCACUUUCGAAUGCAGAUGCGUUGGCAAACCGAAACCAACCAUUGCAUGGUACCAUGGAAAAAAAUUAAUAAAAGAAAGUAGUCGAUACAAAAUCACACUAGAAGAGGACCAAACGUUAUACCACAUGGCGCGGCUAGAAAUCUUAGGCGUAGAGAAUUCGGACAGAGGAGAAUACAGGGCAUUGGCGAAAAACAAACACGGUGAAGGCGUAGCAAAAAUUAACUUAAAUUUCGAGGGUGGAGACAAACCUAAAAUCCCCGAUGGUAAAGCACCGAGGUUUCCUAAAAAGCCAACAAUUAGACAAGAGGGUGAUGUGUUAAUAAUGGAAUGUGUAUUAGAAGCAUAUCCCCUACCAGAUAUUACGUGGUUUCACGGAGAUAAAGAAAUCAAAGAUGGGGCCAAAAUGAAGAUGUCUAGAAAGGCAAUUGGAAAAGAUACGUUUAAUCUGACCUUAGAAAUUUUAAGCCCCACCAGGGAAGAUGGUGGGAACUAUAGAUGUAAUGCCUUCAACUUGUUUGGCGAGAGUAAUGCGAAUAUUGCUCUCAACUUCCAAGGUGGGGAUGACGAAAAUGGUUUCGCACCGUCGUUUGUGGAGAAACCCCGAAUCAUUCCCAAUGAAGACGGAACACUUAUCACAAUGCGUUGUGUAUGUAAGGCCAAGCCGGCGGCUGAAGUCACGUGGUACCGAGGCACGACGGUCAUUAAGGCUAGCAGCAAAAUUGAAAUCAAAUCGAGUUUAUUGGAAGAAGACAUAUACGAAUUGGUGUUGCUUUUGGCAAACCCGACAUCAGCGGAUGGUGGCGCAUACCGCUGUCAUGUCAAGAACGAAUAUGGCGAAAGCAACGCUAAUCUGAACUUGAACAUUGAGGCUGAACCAGAACCAGAAGGUGAAGGCCCAACGUUUGUCGAAAAACCCACUAUUCAGUCAAAGGACAACGGCAAACUAGUUAUAAUGGGAUGCAAGGUCAAGGCUAGCCCGAAACCGACGAUCGUGUGGUACCACGAAGGCAAAGAAAUCAGGGACUCGUCGAAAAUUAAGACCAGGGUCGAGGUCAAAGAAGACAUUUACACAAUAAUAUUGGAACUUAUUGAUCCUGGUAUUGAAGACUCCGGAUUGUAUAAAUGCAAUAUCAAAAAUGAACUUGGGGAGCUCAAUGCAAAUCUUACGCUCAAUAUUGAAAUCAUUCCAGUUAUCAAAGAGAAACCAAAGAUCAUUAAGAUAAUUAAAAAGAAGACUGUUAUUGUUGAAUGUAAAGUAUUAAGUAAAUUUGCACCUGCUUGCACUUGGUUCAAGGAAUCAAGCGCCGUCAAAGAGGACUCAAGGCACACUGUGCUUAUUGAACCUCUAAGAGAAGGCGAAUUCACAGUCAAAUUGGAAAUUUCUAAUGUUUCACAACAUGACAAAGGAUCUUACAAACUCGUCGCUAAGAACGAGAAGGGUGAAGCGACGUCACAACAAGUCGAAAUCACGGACAUACCUGAAGAAAAGGGAGACAAACCCCAGAUCAUCAAGCACUUCAGGAGUUUGGCCAAGAAAGAAAACGAGGAAGCUGAGUUUGUGGCCGUGCUCAAGACAUCAGACCAGUCUUGCAGAUGCACAUGGUACAAGAACUCUACUGUAAUCAGGGAUUCCUCUGAAAUCAACACGUCCUUCGAUGGAACGAACGCCAGAUUAAUCAUCAGGAAGGUUACGUCGAAGUACGUUGCGAACUACAGAGUCGUUAUCAAGAACGAGUUUGGUGAAGAUGAGUCGAGUGCUGACUUGACCAUCGUUGAGGAAAAGAAAAAGAAGAAGGAGGAAGAGGAAGAAGAAACAACUGUAAUUGAGGAAUCAGAAGAAGAAAUGUCGAUAGUAGAAGAAAAGUCUGUUAUCGAAGAAAACCACGUUGAGGAGAAAAAGAAGGAAGAAGAAAAGAAAAUGUCGGCCAAGAAGGUUGUCAAGAAAGAAGAAGUAAAGGUUGAGCAAUCUCAACAAGAAAUUGAAAUAGAUGCUAAGAAAUCUGAAACAAAGACGGAAGCAAAGAAAGUUUCCAAGAAAGAAGAAGUCGUUUCAAAACAAUCUGAAAUGGAAGUUGAAGAAGCCAAGAAAGUUCUUGAGAAGAAAACUGCUAAGACAGAAGAAGAGAAGAAAGCUCUUCUCGAGAAGAUUGAAAAGAAGAAAACAGAACCCGAACCUGAGGCUAAAAUUGAAGGCAUUCCAAAACUCAAACCGGUCAAACCCAAGGAAGAACCAGUUGAGGAAAAGAAAGAGGCCGCUAAAAAGACUGAAAAAACUGAAAAGAAGGUCGUCAAAAAGAAGGUUGUUGCAAAGAAAGAGGAGGACGAAAUCGAGUUUGUCGACGAUUACGAGCGACCCGUAUUGGAGAAGUAUGAAAAGAUUACACCGACACCACUCGAUAAAAAACCUAAAGAGGAUGACACUCCUAAGGCUAAACGCGCAUCUGUAUCAGAAAGCGUUAAAAGUGAACAGGAGAGUGAAGAUGAACCUUCUGUGGCUGGACCAGCCCCAGAGAAAAAACCGAAAACUGCUGAAAAAGCAAAGGUCGAAGAAGAAAAGGCUGAGCCAAAGAGGCCAAGCAUCAAAAAAGGUGUACGUAAACCAGAAGAACCGGUUGACGAGAUUUCUCAAGUUAAAUUGUCCAAAACACCAACUAAAGCAACAGAGGACAAACUUGAGGAACCACAGGUUGCUAAGACUAAAAAACCGGUUAAGAAGCCGGGUGAACAACCCGAAUUCGUGGAUGAUUAUGAAAGACCCGAACUUGAAAAGUACGAUAAAAUGACGCCUACUGCAACAGAUAGGAAUAAAAAGCAAAAUGGUGUUCAGGAGGCCGAGCCUGAAUUUGUCGAUGACUACGAAAAACCUGAACUCGAAAAAUACGAAAAAGUUACACCUACACCUAAGGACAAACGUCGUCCUAGUGAUACUCAGGAUGAUAGUGAAAUGAUGAGAGGUAAAAUAAAGCCUAAACCUAAAGAAGAAGAGCCUGAAAUGCCAUCUCUUCGAAAGCGUCCUGUUACAAAGGAUAAGGAAGAGGAAAAACAGCCCGAGGAAAAGCCUAAGGCUAAACCCAAAAAGACAGAUGAACCUCAAACUAAGAAACGUCCGUCACUUAAAGAAAAAGAGGUUGCAGAGGAAGAAUUUAUUGAUGAUUAUGAAAGACCGGUUCUCGAGAAAUACGAAAAACUCAUACCGACACCUACAGAGAAAAAGAAGGUCGAAGACAAAAAGGUUGCUGAAAAAUCUAAGGCAACACUUGACAAAACGGACGAAACACCAUCCAAGAAACGUCCUUCUCUUAAAUCAAACGAGGAAGAAGAACAGAAACCACAAGAUAAACCUAAGGCUAAAGUAUCGAAGCCUGAUGAACCUCAAUCGGUCUCAAACGAUACUAAACUGUCGCCCUUUGAUAAGCCUCAACCUACGACAGUUGAUAAAAAACGACCUUCUGUCGACGAAGAAAUGGAUGUGGACGAAGAGUUUGUCGAUGAUUAUGAGCGGCCAGUACUCGAGAAAUACGAGAAAAUAACGCCAACGCCUACUGAGAAGAAAAAGGAUUAUAAGAGUAAACCAGAAGAGAAAGCAGAGGCAAAACCUGCUAAGACAGAGGAGCCUCAAGUCAAAAAGCGUCCCUCACUUAAAGGAAAAGAGGAGGACUCUACAAAACCAAAGGAUGAACCUAAGCCAAAAGCUCCUAAAAAGGACGAGCCUCAACCUAACAAAGGUGUUUCAGUUAAAGAAGAGGUUGACGACGAGAAACUUGAAGAAAUACCAAAGGCAACACCAGUUAAGACAGAGGAACCUUUGACUAAAAAACGUCCUUCACUGAAAGAGGAUGACGAGGAAGAGACAGUGGAAACCACAAAAACCACAACAGAAAGGGUAGAAACAAAAACCAAGAAACGACCUUCUCUUAAAGAUAAAGAGGAGGAAGACAAAAAACCAGAAGAAAAACCAAAGGCUAAAACGCCUAAGACGGAUGAUGCAAAGCCUAAAAAGCGUCCUUCGGUUAAAGAACCUGAGGUUGCAGAAGCCGAAUUCGUCGACGAUUACGAGCGACCGGUUCUCGAGAAAUACGAGAAAAUCACACCAACACCCACUGAGAAAAAGAAGAAGGACGACAAAAAACCGGAGGAAGAAGUUCCUUCAGCCACAGCAACUGCCAAACGUCGUUCUGUUAAAGACAAAGAUAAGCCUGAGCCUAUGGACGUGGACGAGGAGUUUAGUUUAUCCAAACCCAAAACUCCAGCCAAGCCAGGAAAGGAACCUGAAGACGUUUCGCUUACACACAAAACACCAGCUGAAAUCAAACCUACGGAAGACGAGGCUGAAGCGAAACUCAACAUUAAGAAACCCGAAAUCGUCGAAGAGAAAACACUUAAGAGACCUACACCUAAAUCUAAAGAACAAAAGGGUGAGGACACAGAGGAGGCUGUCAGUAUCACCAAGCCCCGAACUAAGACCAGCACGACUGCUCCUGAAGAAGCAUCUCUUACACAAAAGACUCCUGCUAAGAAAAAGCCUACGGAGGGAUCAGAAGCAGCUCAACUUAAGGUGAAAAAACCGGCUGUUGUCAAAAAAGGAGAUGACGAUGAGCUCGAAUUGGACUUCGUUGAUGACUACGAGAGGCCAGUUCUUGAGAAAUAUGAGAAGAUCACGCCCACUCCCACUACUAGGGAGAAGAAGGAAAAGGAAACUAAGCAGGUUACGAUGAUAUCACAACAACAGCAACGUCUAGAAGUGAAGACUGAAAGCCGAAGGACUUCAAUCCAGUCUGAGGUCAAAGAAGAAUCUAAGAUUGAGAGCAGAAAGAGCUCCGUUGCUGAAGACAAAUCAAUGAAAUUCACAAAAGAGACUGCAGAAAGCAGAAAGUCAUCGCUUUCUGUGGCCGAGAAGCAAGAAGUGGGAACACUGAAGAAAUCUUCGGCCCAGAAGCCUACCAUUAAGGAACCAGAAUCAAGUGAAAUGAACCAAAUUAAACUAAAGGACGACACUAUAGAGAUAGAAGAAAAGGUACCAACAGAAUCUGUCGAUAAGCCAUCAGAAAAAACGUAUCCAUGGCGACCUACGAAAACAGACACUCAGGAAACCAAAGAAAAAGUGGAACCUAAACGUAAGCCUAGCUUAGAGAAACCGUCGGAACCAACAUCAAUAAGACGAAGAUCUAGUAAAACAAAGGAUACGGUAGAAGUUGAAGAAACUAAGACUGUAGAGGAGGCGGAAACCAAGCGAAAGGUUUCUGUCGACAAACCAAAAGAAUUGGCUCAACCUCGGCGAAGGCCAAGUAAAACUACUGAGGAAUCCAAGGAGAACAUUGAACCUGUAACAAUACAAAAAGUAGAAGUUCAAGACAAACCAGUUGUUGAAAAACCAGAGGAGCCUAGCUAUCCUUGGCGUAGACCAAGCAAAGUUGAGGACAAAACUGAAGCAAUGGAAGUGACAGAGAAAGUAUCUGUUGAGAAAGAACCAGAGCCUUCUUAUCCUUGGAGACGUCCCUCUAAAACUACAGAGGCUCCAGUAGAGAAAAAACUUGAGAUACCUUCACCGGUUGUAGCAGAUGAAAAGCCAAAGGAACCAGAGGCACCUAAAACACCAGUACAAUCUCCAUUCUGUGCUUGGCGUAGGAAAUCUUAUAAUAGUAUGGAGGAUGAUUUCGAGGAGGUUAAACCAUGGGAAACAACUAAAGAAACUGACAAACCAAAGGAAUCUGUUGAGGAAAUAAAAACGGAGAAACCCGUUGAAACGCCUAAACAAUCUCCAUUCUAUGCAUGGAUGAAAAAACCAAGCAUUGAGAUUGAGGAACCGGAAGAAGUUCCAAAAAUAGAAAUACAACCGAUAGAAAAACCAAAACAAACUUUAUAUCCGUGGAGAAAGUCAAACACGGAGGAACCGGAAGUUAAAUCGGCUCCUGACACUAAACCGAACGAAGUUCCGUUCUCAUGGGAUGUCAUACCUGAGAUACCACAGGCUGAACAAACACCAGAGUUGGAAGACAAAUACAAACCCACACUACUAGAUACAUCUGACACAUUACCUUGGAGAAGACCACGGUCUCCUCAGGCUGAAAUGACAGAGGACAAAGACCGUAGACAGAGCACAUUAGAAAUCCCACAGCCCGCUUUUAGCAGCAACCCUGACGAGAAAGUGGCAGUCAAAGAAGAGAAAAUCGAAGAAGAAGCCAAGAAGGCUAAGGUUACUUCAGUUAAGAAGAAGGCAGAAGAACUGCCUGAAAUACCAGAUUAUGAAAGGCCAGACCUUGAGAAAUACGAAAAAAUGGACUUUACACCUUCAACUAGGGACAAGCCCGAAAAAGACAAGCCCAUUCCAAAGGUGCCUGAAAUCAAGGCACCGGAAGAGAAGCCUGCAGCGCCAAAGAUCGAGGUCAUCCGAGAGAAAUCUCCGAAACCCGACAUGCCCAGGAAACCAUCCCUGGUGCCUGGCGCGCCCGUCGGCAGACGUGGCUCCCUCAUUCCUCCUCCAGAGGAAAUGGGUAGACGUCCAUCGCUCAUCAUCAGCGACGAGGUCACCAAAUUACGCCCUGGCGAAGUUUUAGACGAGAAAAAGCGACGAAAGUCCGGUGACGCCAGAAGACCGUCCAUCCAAGAUUUGGAGGACCUCAUCAACAAACCAUCGGUGCCAUUGAAGCCUCUCGGCAAUGAGGGACCGCCGGUCAUUGUCGACGUGCAAGAAAGCUACUCGGCUGUUGAAGACCAAACUGGCUACCUCACGGUACAAGUGGAGGGUAAUCCUCCACCAACAUUCAAGUUCUACAAGGGCGUCACUGAGAUCAUUGAAGGUGGACGCUUCAAAUACGUCACGGAUGGUGAAACCGGCCUCAUCACCUUGUGCAUGAGGAAGGUGAAGCCCAACGAUGAAGGCAAAUACAAGGUGGUGGUCAGCAACAUCCACGGGGAGGACUCCGCUGAGAUGCAGCUCUACGUGUCUGACUCCAGUGGCAUGGACUUCCGUGCUAUGCUUAAGAAGAGAAAGUACGCAAAAUGGGGCGAAAAGAAAGAGGACCCCGACUGGGGAGACCUCAAGGAAACUGAGAAGCCUAUACCACCACUCAAGAAGGUCGAAAAGAAACAAGAGUCGUUCUUGAAGCCCCUCGUAGAUCAAUUUGCAAAGGAAGGCAAGGAUAAGAAGGUGGUAUUCGAGGCCAUCUUCACGAAGCCCAAUUCGAAACCGAAAUGGUUUUUGCGAAAGGACGAGCUGUUCCCAGGCUCGAAAUACAAGAUGACAAACGAACAAGACUCGUACAAGCUGAUCAUUAUGAACCCGAAGGUAGAAGACACGGGUAAGAUCACAAUUGAAAUCGGUGGCAUCACUUGCACCGCCUUCUUACAAGUAGACGAGCCUGACCCGACGUACAGCUUCACGAAGAACCUGAAGAAGACCACAAGUGGAUACUUCGAGCAUGAGGUCGUGCUCGAGUGCGCUAUUUCAAACAGUUUGGCUAUCGUCUCUUGGUGGAAGGGAGAAACCAAGAUCGAAGACGGAGAAGAAUUCCAAAUCUCGAAGGAUCUGUCUGGUGUAUGCAGGCUGGUGAUCAAGAACGCUAAGUUUGAAGAUGCCGGAAAAUACACGUGUAAAAUUGAGAAGCAAACUGACAAGACUGAAACUGAUGUCAAGAUUGUUGAAUACCCAUACAAAUUCACCAAGGUUCUCAAAUCGCAACAAGCAAUUGAGAAAGACACCAUCACGUUACUUUGUGAAUUGGACGAUGCUGGUGGCACUGUGAAGUGGUUCAAGAACAAUGAGCCAUUAAAGACAGACAAACGAGUCACGAUUGUGAAGGAGGGUCGUAAACGCAAGGUCGUCAUCAAGGAUGCCAAGGUCACUGACGCUGGCAACUACAAAUGUACGACCAACGCCGAUGAGACAACGUGCGAGUUGAUCGUCAAUUACUCGAAUCGCUUCAACAAGAAGUUGAAGGACACCGAAGCAAUUGAGAGGGACAAGGUUGUCCUGGAAGUGGAACUUCAGGAUCAGACAGCUGAGGCUGUUUGGUCUUUCAAUGGAACACCAAUUGUUCCCAACGAAAGGGUUGAAAUCAAAAACCUGGGCGGUGGUAAACACCAGCUUAUCUUCAACAAACUGGAGAUGGAAGACGAUGGUGAGAUUCUCUGCGAAUCAGGCAAGCUGAGCUCGUCUUGUAAGCUCACGGUGAAGAAGGGAGAGUCGAAACCAUCCAUUGAGUGUCCCGACGAUUUCUACGGACCAGCUGGACAGCCGUUCGUCAUUGAGGUGCCUUAUAAAAUUGAUGGCACCCGACAAACGCCUAUCGAAGCUAAAUUAUGGAAAGAUGGCAAAGCCUUGCCUAUCAAGGAAGUCGAGGCAGUGGUUGAGCAAGAGAAAGUACUGUUCAAGAUCAAGAAGCCGACAAGAGAGGCUUCGGGCAAGUAUACGAUUAAGCUGUCCAACGCCCAGGGCGAAGACUCCAAAGAUGUCACCAUCACAAUGCAAGGAGUACCAACACCUCCCCAGAAUGUGGAGGUAUCGGAAGUUUUCCAGACAUCAUGCGUUGUCUCGUGGAAGACGCCUCAAGACGAUGGUGGUUCCCCUAUUGUGAAAUACAUCAUCGAAAGACAGGACCUGUCCCUCAAAGCCGGUUGGGACAACGUGGCUGAGGUGCCACUUGGCCAACCAAUGAAAUACAAGGUUGAAGAUCUCAUCGCAAAGAAGACGUACAAGUUCAGGAUUCGUGCCGUCAACAAGAUCGGUUCCAGCGAACCUGGAAUUUUCGGCAAACCUGUGCUUGCUAAAGAUCCAUGGGACGAGCCAUCUAAACCGAAGAAUGUAGAGCUCGUCGACUGGGACAAAGAUCACGCUGAUCUCAAAUGGCAGAAGCCAGACAAUGAUGGUGGUGCUGAAAUCACCGGAUACGUUAUUGAGUACAAGGAAAAGUUCGGCAAAGACUGGGUAAAGGGUAAAGAAGUGCCCGGCGAUUGCCUGGCUGCAACCCAGGAUGGCCUCAAGGAAGGAUGCACUUACGAGUUCAGGGUCCGCGCCAUCAACAAGGCUGGACCUGGUGAACCAAGUGACAGCACGAAGCCGAUUGUGGCUAAGUGUAGAUUUGUCAAACCAUACAUCAUCGGAGACGGUCUCCAAGGAAUGAUCAUCAAGAAGGGACAAGUGAUCACCUACGACAUCAAGUACGGUGGUGAACCUGAACCGGAAGUCAAAUGGUUCAAGGGUGAAGAGGAGAUCAAGGAUGAUGGUGACCGCAUCACCAUUGACAAGUAUGAGAAGAACACAGUCCUGACUGUUAGGAAGACCACCAGGCCAGACAGCGGGAAGUACAAGUUGGUGCUCACCAACUCGUCGGGAACUUGCGAGAGUAUAGCCGACGUUGUUGUGUUGGACAAACCCAACCGCCCCAACGGCCCCAUCGAGGUUGUGGACAUCCGCGCCGAGAAGGCGACUGUCAAAUGGCAGAAGCCCGACGACUGGCAGGGAUCCGACAUCACUGGAUACACACUCGAGAAGAUGGACAUGGACACCGGCAACUGGGUGCCAUGUGGUGAGACUGGAGCUGAGCCAACAGAGUUCACGGUCAAGGGUCUCACUCCGAACCACAAGUACAAGUUCAGAGUACGGGCCGUCAACAAGGAGGGCGAGUCUGAGCCUCUGGAGACAGAUGGAUUCAUUGUUGCCAAGAAUCCUUACGACCCACCGAAGGCGCCAAGCAAGCCCAAUAUUGUGGACUACGACAACAUGUCCGUCACACUGCAAUGGGAACCGCCAGUAGACGAUGGUGGAAGACCAAUUUUGGGCUAUGUUGUUGAAAUGAAAGACAAAUUCUCACCAGACUGGAUCGAGGUUACCAAGACCAACGACACAAAGACGGAGUACAAGGUGGAAGGCCUCAAAGAGAAGAUGGUUUACCAGUUCAGAGUGAAGGCGCACAACAAGGCCGGAGUGGGUGAGGCUUCGCAGCCCACCGACAACCACCUGUGCAAGCACAAGAACUUGAAGCCACGCAUCGAGCGCAGCACAUUCAAGUCGGUGAUCAUCAAGGCAGGCCGCACUCACAAGUGGUCGGUGGAUGUCAUCGGUGAACCCCCACCAGAGAUGUCAUGGUCAUGGCGCGAAAACAUCAAGCUUGUCAACACAGAGCGCAUCAAGAUCGAGAACAAAGACUACCACACCGACUUCACGAUAGUGAACGCUGUGCGCAGAGACACCGGCAAAUACAAGCUGCGCGCUGAGAAUUGCAACGGGUUUGAUGAGGAGACUGUGGAGCUUACUGUGUUGAGCAAGCCUGGAUCGCCUAAAGGCCCGUUGGAAGUAUCGGACGUCCACGCCGAGGGUUGCAAGGUCAGAUGGGAGAAGCCAGAAGACGACGGCGGCUCCCCCGUCAAGGAGUACGAGGUCGAGAAGAUGGACCUCGCCACAGGCAAAUGGGUGCGCGUGGGCAGAGUGGCCGGCGACAAGAAGCCUCUAGAGAUGGACAUCACCGGCCUGGAGCCUGGUCACCAGUACAAGUUCAGGGUCACCGCUGUCAACGACGAGGGAGACUCCGAACCGCUGGAGACUGAGAGAGCUACGCUGGCGAAGAAUCCCUUCGACGUUUCGGACAAGCCCGGCAACGUCGAAGUGGCUGACCACGACAACCAGAGCGCUGAGAUCAAGUGGGACCCGCCCAAGUCGGACGGCGGCGCGCCUAUUCAGAAGUACAUCAUACAGAAGAAGCCCAAGGGCGGCGAUUGGGAGAACGCUGCUGAGGUUCCUGGAACUCAGAACUCAGGAAAGGUUGAGGGUCUGCCGGAAGGCAGCGAGUACCAGUUCCGCGUGAUCGCCGUGAACAAGGCCGGACCUUCCGAGGCCUCUGAGCCGACCAAGAUGACCACCAUCAGGCAUAAGGCUUUGAAACCUCGCAUCGAUCGCACGAACCUCAAGGCGUUGGCAGUGCGCGCAGGCAAGCCAAUCUUCUUCGACGUCAACGUGAAGGGAGAGCCCGCGCCUAAGGUGCAAUGGUUCCAGAAAUGGAAAGGAGAGGAGAAGGAGGUCACAGAAAACGUCAUCAACGUAGACUACAAUACAAAACUAGACGUCAAGGAGUCCGUCCGUGCUAUGACCGGCACCUACCGCAUCCUGGCCACCAACCAGCACGGUUCAGACGAGGCUGAGGUGGAGAUCACAGUCUUAUCCGCGCCAGGCAAGCCCGGCGGCCCGCUGAAGGUGGCUGACGUCACCAAGGGCGGCUGCAAGCUGUCGUGGAAGAAGCCCGAGGAUGACGGAGGCAAGCCCGUCUCCGGCUACGUAGUAGAGAAACUAAACAAGGCCACCGGCCGAUGGGUGCCGGUCGGCAAGACCGAUGACACUGAGAUGGAGGUCAAGGGUCUCCAAGAGGGAGAGGAGUACGAGUUCAGGGUCAAGGCAGUCAACGAGGAGGGCGAGUCCGAACCGCUGAAGACUGACCACUCGAUCAUCGCUAAGAACCCGUAUGAUAUCCCUGGCAAGCCGUCCGUACCAACCAUUGAAGAUUGGGACGUGGACCGCGUGGACCUCAAAUGGGAGGCGCCCAAGAACAACGGUGGCGCUCCCAUCACCGGCUACGUCAUUGAAAAGAAGGAGAAGUUCGGACAGUGGCAGGAGGCGCUUGUCACUUCGACGCCAGAAUGCAAGGCCCGCGUGCCGGACUUGAAGGAAGGCAACACGUACCAGUUCCGCGUGCGCGCCGUCAACAAGGCCGGCCCGGGAGAACCCGGCGAGCCCACGCAACCGCACGUGGCUAAGGCCAGGUUCUUGAAACCGCACAUCAACCGCGACAAGAUGACGGCGAUCCGCGUACGCGCGGGCACCACCAUCAAGUUGGACGUCGACAUCAAGGGUGAACCGCCACCAACCAAGACCUGGACCUUCGCUAAGAAGGUCCUGGAGACCGGCCCAGGCUUGAAGCUGGAGAACGAGGACUACAACACCCGUCUCCAGAUCUUCGACUCGUCCUGGGCCAACUCUGGCGUCUACACGUUGAAGGCCGAGAACGAAUCUGGCGUUGACGAGGCUACAGUGGAAAUCACUGUUCUUGACAAGCCAGGCAAGCCUGAAGGCCCGCUGGAGGUAUCAGACGUUCACGCCGACCACGUGAAACUGAGCUGGAACAAGCCUAAGCACACUGGUGGACUGCCACUGAGUGCUUACGUACUGGAAAAAAUGGAUACGCUUACUGGGAAGUGGGUGCCAGCAGGCACCAUCGACCCAGACAAGACCGAGGCUACCGUCACUGGCCUAGAGCCAGGCCACACCUACCAGUUCCGCGUCAAGGCCCUCAACGAGGAAGGCGAAUCGGAACCCCUGGAGACCGACCACGGAACCCUAGCCAAGAACCCAUACGACGUGCCAGCGCCGCCUGGCCUGCCAGACAUCGUGGACUGGGAUGAGAAGUCUGCCAAACUCAAGUGGGAACCUCCCAUUAGGGAUAAUGGUGCCCCGAUUACUGGAUACAUCAUUGAAGUUAUGGAUAGAGACCGUGGAGAGUUUGUCAAGGCUGCCGAGAUCCAAGGCAACAUUUGCCAAGGCACAGUGCCGAAGCUGGAGGAAGGCAACCAGUACCAGUUCCGUAUCCGCGCGCUGAACAAGGCCGGCCAGUCGGAACCUUCGGAGAACACCAAUUGGCACACCGCUAAGGCGCGAUUCUUGAAACCAAGAAUCGACCGCACCAACCUGAACCCGAUCACCGUUAAGGCUGGUCUACCAGUGUCUCUCGACGUCAAGGUCUUCGGAGAACCACCAGCGACCGUCACCUGGUUCUUCAAGGGAACGGAACUGAAGAACGGCGAGAACUUAGAGAUUAUCAACGUGGAUUACAACACUAAAUUCCUGAUGACCAAGAGCAAGAGAGCUAAUACUGGAAAGUACGUGAUCAAGGCUAAGAAUGAAGUGGGAGAGGAUGAGGCUGAAGUGGAAAUUACCAUUCUUGGCAAGCCAUCCAAGCCCAACGGUCCACUGGAAGUCGCUGACGUCACCAAGAACGGAUGCACUCUUUCAUGGAAGAAACCGGACGAUGACGGUGGCUCCCCCGUGGAGUACUACGAGAUCGAGAAACUUGACCCGCUCACAGGACAAUGGAUCCCGUGCGGCACUGCCAAGGACUGCAAGGCCAACAUCACGGGCCUGCAGGAAGGCAAGCCCUACAAGUUCCGCGUCAAAGCCGUCAACAAGGAGGGCGAGUCGGAAGAGCUGGAGACUGAGAAACCGAUCAUCGCUAAGAAUCCUUUCGACGAGCCCGGCAAGCCCGGUCGUCCGGAGCCCCGGAACUGGGACAAAGACUUCGUGGAGCUGGAAUGGAGCCCGCCCAAGGACGACGGUGGCGCCCCCAUCACCGGCUACAUCGUGCAGAAGAGAGAGAAGGGUGGAAGAUCAUGGCAAGACUGCCUCAAGACGACCGGCGACCGCCCGACAGGCCGCGUGACAGACGUAGAAGAAGGCCACGAGUACGAGUUCCGAGUGAUGGCCGUCAACAAGGCCGGCCCGGGAGAACCGUCCGACCCUAGCAAGUCUGUCAUCGCUAAGCCUAGAUUCCACCAAAAUCCAUGCGAACGAAACUGCGAGCUGAAGCAUGACAUCCUACAAAUAUUUUAA